AGGCGGCUGGCGGGCGAUCCCGGGCGCGCAGGGCCCCCGUUUUGGGCGCGCGGGAGAGCGGAAGGAGGUUUGUUGCUGGUGCCCGCGGGCCCGAGCGCGAUCAGAGCGGGAGGAGGGAGCUAGGGUUCGCUCAGCGCCCAGCUGCCUCCCAGGCACUCGCUCUCCGGACUUGUAGGUCUGCAAGCUGCUGCUCCUCCCACCCCGGCCCGCCUCCUCGCUCUCUCGCUCGCUCCCUGGAGUUGCAGGGCUAGCCUUGCCGCCGCCGUGCGUCCUGGCGAGUGCGGGCCGAGGGGCCCCGGGCCAGACCUGAGUAAAGGACGGGAGCGUCCCGGGCAGAGCGCAGCCGGUCGGGGAGUGGCCAUGUGUGGCGAGACCGCGGAGAAGCUCGUCUGCAGCAAGUGACCUCGGGUCGUGGACCGCUGCCCUGCCCCCUCCGCUGCCACCUGGGGCGGCGCGGGCCGGGUGCCCCGGAUCGCGCGUAGAGCCGGCGCGAUGCACGUGCGCUCGCUGCGCGCUGCGGCGCCACACAGCUUCGUGGCUCUCUGGGCGCCUCUGUUCUUGCUGCGCUCCGCCCUGGCCGACUUCAGCCUGGACAACGAGGUGCACUCCAGCUUUAUCCACCGGCGCCUCCGCAGCCAGGAGCGGCGGGAGAUGCAGCGGGAGAUCCUGUCCAUCUUGGGCUUGCCCCAUCGCCCGCGCCCGCACCUCCAGGGAAAGCAUAAUUCGGCGCCCAUGUUCAUGUUGGACCUGUACAACGCCAUGGCGGUAGAGGAGAGCGGGCCGGACGGACAGGGCUUCUCCUACCCCUACAAGGCCGUCUUCAGUACCCAGGGUCCUCCUUUAGCCAGCUUGCAGGACAGCCACUUCCUCACCGACGCCGACAUGGUCAUGAGCUUCGUCAACCUAGUGGAGCACGACAAGGAGUUCUUCCACCCUCGAUACCACCAUCGCGAGUUCCGGUUUGAUCUUUCCAAGAUCCCCGAGGGAGAAGCGGUGACCGCAGCUGAAUUCAGGAUCUAUAAGGACUACAUCCGGGAGCGAUUUGACAACGAGACCUUCCAGAUCACAGUCUAUCAGGUGCUCCAGGAGCACUCAGGCAGGGAGUCGGACCUCUUUUUGCUGGACAGCCGCACCAUCUGGGCUUCUGAGGAGGGCUGGUUGGUGUUUGACAUCACAGCCACCAGCAACCACUGGGUGGUCAACCCUCGGCACAACCUGGGCCUACAGCUCUCUGUAGAAACCCUGGAUGGCCAGAGCAUCAACCCCAAGUUGGCAGGCCUAAUUGGACGGCAUGGGCCCCAGAACAAGCAACCUUUCAUGGUGGCCUUUUUCAAGGCCACAGAGGUCCAUCUCCGUAGCAUCCGGUCCACGGGGGGCAAGCAGCGCAGCCAGAACCGCUCCAAGACGCCAAAGAACCAAGAGGCACUGAGGAUGGCCAGUGUGGCAGAAAACAGCAGCAGUGACCAGAGGCAGGCCUGCAAGAAGCACGAGCUGUACGUCAGCUUCCGAGACCUUGGCUGGCAGGACUGGAUCAUCGCACCUGAAGGCUAUGCUGCCUACUACUGUGAAGGAGAGUGUGCCUUCCCUCUGAAUUCCUACAUGAACGCCACCAACCACGCUAUCGUCCAGACACUGGUUCACUUCAUCAACCCAGACACAGUACCCAAGCCCUGCUGUGCACCCACCCAGCUCAACGCUAUAUCUGUCCUCUACUUUGAUGACAGCUCUAACGUCAUCCUGAAGAAGUACAGAAACAUGGUGGUCCGGGCCUGUGGCUGCCACUAGCUCCUCCUGAAACCCUGACCUUCUGGGACCACAUUUUUCUAGAUCCGUGAUGUUUCACCAUCUAAGUCUCUCACUGCCCGCCUUGGCGAGGAGCCGACAGACUAACCACUUCUCCUGAGCCUCUCCCUCAUCUCCCCAGCCGAAAGCGUGUAAGGCAUUAGAAACCUGAGCACGCAGUGGCUGAUGAGCAUGCUUUCCUUCUGACACGCUAUGGACCGGAUCCUACCAGCUGCCACAGGAAAGGUCUAGCAGGAAAAGAGAGAGUCUGAUGGCCACGAGGUCCCUGAUGCUCUGAGUCUUUGAGGGGUUAUGCAAGCAUCCUUCAGCUGCAGCAGGAGGAAGGGCAUAGCCAGGGUGGGCGCUUAAUCUGUGCUGAAGGAAAACCAAGCAGAAGUCCCUGUAAUAAAAUGUCACAAUAAAACCCAUGAAUGAAAAUG